CUCUAGCUUCUAACUGUCACUGCAGCCAUAUCUCACUCUUCAGCCUGAUGUCAAAAGCAAAAGUACGGAAGUCCUCUGGACAGGGGAAGCUCACCUAACGAGGUAAGAUGGAGAUUUGCCACAACCAGGAGGCAGAUGAGAGUGGUCAUAGGUGCAAGGGUCCUGCAGUGAGGCUGUCUGCAUGCCCACCCUAGACCUGUCACCUGUUGGUUCUGUGACCUUGGGCAGAUCGCAUGCCAAUGAGGUGGUUAUUCUUAACAACAGCCUGUUUGAUACGUGGGACUUUAAGUGUUAGUGGACUCUCAGAUUUUGACAAUGAAGUGAAUCCUGAAGUGUGGAUGAAUGCCAGUGAAAUCAUCACCUACAACGGCUACCCCAGUGAAGAGUAUGAAGUCACCACCGCAGACGGGUACAUUCUCGCCAUCAACAGGAUUCCUCAUGGGAGAGCACAGACUGAGCAGACAGGUCCCCGGCCAGUUGUGUAUAUGCAGCAUGCCUUGUUUGCAGACAAUGCAUAUUGGCUUGAGAACUUUGCCAAUGGAAGCCUCGGGUUCCUCUUAGCAGAUGCGGGUUAUGAUGUGUGGAUGGGAAACAGUCGGGGAAACACUUGGUCAAGAAGACACAAAACUCUCUCACCAAAUGAAGAGAAAUUCUGGGCUUUUAGUUUUGAUGAAAUGGCCAAAUAUGACCUCCCAGGAAUAAUAGACUUCAUUGUAAAGAAAACAGGUCAGGAGAAGUUGUACUUCAUUGGACAUUCACUCGGCACGACAAUAGGGUUUAUAGCCUUUUCCACCAUGCCUGAAGUGGCACAAAGAAUCAAAAUGAAUUUUGCCUUGGGUCCUGUGAUCUCAUUCAAAUAUCCCACAAGCAUUUUUACCAGUUUUUUUCUACUUCCAAACUCCAUAAUCAAGCUUAUAUUUGGUACCAAAGGUUUCUUUUUAGAAGAUAAGAAGGCAAAGGCAUCUUACAUCAAAGUCUGCAACAAAAUACUACUCCGACCAUUGUGUAGUGAGUUUAUGUCCCUGUGGGCUGGAUUCAACAAAAAGAAUAUGAAUAUGAGCCGAUUGGAUGUGUACAUGUCACAUGCUCCCACGGGAUCAUCAAUCCAGAAUAUCCUACAUAUAAAACAGCUUUACCGAUCUGAUGAAUUCAGAGCUUAUGACUGGGGAAGUGAAGCUGAAAACAUGAAGCACUACAACCAGAGUCGCCCUCCCAUCUAUGACCUGACAGCCAUGAAGGUGCCCACUGCCAUUUGGGCUGGUGGACAUGAUGUCCUCAUAACACCUCGAGAUGUGGCCAGGAUACUUCCGCAAGUUACAAAUCUACGCUAUUUCAAACUCUUUCCAGAUUGGAACCAUUUUGAUUUUGUCUGGGGCCUUGAUGCCCCUCAAAGACUGUACAGUAAAAUCAUAGGUUUGAUGAGACAAUAUCUCUAAACCCAGUUCAUUUUCAGUCCAAAUGUGCUUCCAAGCCCAUGGUUGACUUUAAGAAAAACACUGAUGAGUGUUGAGGUUGCCUGCAGCAUUCCCUUACUAUUGUUGAAGUGUUCCUGAGUCUCAGUACACCACCUAGGAAUGAUGACUUGUGCUUCUCAAAGAAAUGUCUAACUCUGAAAUUCCAGGGUGUUAUCUCCUUGAUGAAGAUCAGAAACAGACUCUUUUUAAGACAAUAUGAUCUAGCGAUCAUUUCUUUGCUAAUGGUAUAAUUGGGAGAUGUGUUUAUGGAGGACUUUGUCAAAAGCUGAGGGUGUACCUCAGGUGGUAGAGUGUUAGCCUAGCAUGCACAAAGUCUUAUGUUUGAACCUCAUAUAUAUGUUCUCCUCUUUAUCAAAGAAUUGAAUGUAAGUAUGGGAAUGUGGCCUAAAGAGAAAGACUUAGUCAAAGCAGCCAUUGGAGUACACACUAUGUGGUUGUGACUUUGCCAUACCCAAAGUCAAAAUUUGACUGGAAGGUAUUAUAAACAAGGCACAAAACAAAUCUUAGCUCACAUCAACAAGCCCAUAAGAAAACAGCACUAUGGAAAACCAUUAAAUUUGUGUUUUUCAGAUGCAUAUUAUAAUGCUAUAAACAGGCAGGUGUGCAAAGACACAAAAUUUGGGAAAAUGAGCUAAAAAUAAAUUGCUAAUUACUAAAACUAUCUACCAUAGGGCAAUGGCUGAAACAACGAUAAAUUAAUCAGGCUAACUGAUAACAGAAAGCCUAGUUUAGAACUGAAAAGAAGUGUAAGGAAAAAAGGAGAAAGAAAGAGAGAGAGGAAGGCAGGAAAGGAAGGAAGGGAGAGAGAGAGAGAGCGCGCGCGCUCUACUUGGGGCUAAGGCAAUGGUGGUUCCAUAGGUAAAAGCAUUUGCUGCGCAAGCAUAGAGUUUGAGUUCAAAUGAAGAAUUGAGUGUGUUUGUAUAUGCCUGCAACCCCAGAAUUGUGUUGGGGAAUAGACAGCAGGAUGACUGGGACUUGCUGGCCUCCAACCUAGCUCCAAGUUCACUGAGAGACUCUGCUUCAAGGGAGUAGGUUAAAAAGUGAUAGAGUAGAUAGGAUACCUGACAUUGCUCCGACCUUAAUACCUACUCACAGACAACCCCCACUCACACACAAGCGUGUGACACACUUAUGCACGACAUGCAGUCUCUCACAUAUAUAGAAAUGUAAAUAGAUAAAAGGGUAAAAUAAUCCUAUUUCCAUCUCUAAAAGGCUCUGGACCUUGAUUCUAGAAUUUAGUAGAAAGAAAGAAGUAUGUCACAUAAAGUUUUAUUAUCAGCUCUUCUGUUCCUGAAUGGUGUGAACUUGAAAGAAUCCCUUACCUUCUGUGAAGAUGCAAUUAGAAAAACUGUUAGUGGCCCUCAGGGAAUCAUAGAAAAACGAUACAGCUUAAUUGAACUUAAAAUAGGAAAGGCAGAACACUGGUAUUUGCAUGUAAUACCACAUUUCUCAGAAGCUGCCUAUCUACCAUCUAACCACACCAAUAGAAUAUUCAUAAUUUGUCAUUAUUAUUAACUGCAGUGUUUAUAAAUGUGAUGACUACAUCAAACAUUAGAGAUUUCAGCUUAAGUGUAUAAUCUUCAACAGUUUUACAUUUUUACUUUUGAAAAUAAUUAACCAAAUGCAAUUUUAGGAACUUCACUGAGCUUUUCAAAAAAUCCAAUAUAGUUUCAUACAUGCAAUAUGCCCAUUUCAUCAAAUUACCCCACCUUAAUGAAAUUAUUCAACUGUAAUAGUAAGUCUAAGAGGCCACAUGUGUUUGAGAAUGCUUUAAAGGUAUAUGAUUCAGCUAGAAUGCUUGGUGAAGUAUAUGGUUGUACAGAAUGAGUAUGCUCAUAGCCUUUGACAGUGGUGAAUCUAUACACGGGAAGAACCACGGUCCCCUUUGUGCAUUCUUAGUCUCAUUAAUAAAAGAAUGUAAGGACAGAUUCAAAUGGAAACACCAGGACAUUUUAUUAGAGUUUAGAAGAAAAAUUGUAGGGUGGGCCAGUAGUAAAACCUUAACAAUUUCCCAGAGGAAAAUGGAGGAGAGAAGGGAAAAGCCAUGUUACUCAAGCUGGCAUGAGAACCAUUUGGGAAAGGAGGAAGCUUUAGAGAAAGAAUAAGGAAGUUCAAAAUAUUGUGCAUGGAGGAGAAGGAGACCAAAGUGCCAAGGAAAACAUGAUUUAAAAACAAAGUAAAAAAAGAUAAAGAUAUCCUUUUCUGUAUAGUUUGGAAAAGCAAACAGGCAGACCUAUAUGACCCGGUAUGACUUCGGCCCAUAAGUUUCUACUCUAGGGUUGGGGAUUUCAGGGAAGGAAACGCCCAGUAUCUUGCUGAACACCUAAUUAUUCCUCCCAUCUCUUUAGCAUGCCUUAAGGUGAGCACACCUCCUUUGCCAAAGUGGUUGAACCAGCCCUACUGAAAUGAUAGGUCUUCACCCAAGCUAGAGACCCUAUUUUCCUCACCAGGAGGUCUCGCCUCCCCAAACUCCAACAGAGGCACUGAAAAUGGUUUAUAAGAAUAUAGUAAAAUCUCAUUAUCACAGAAACCUGAUUAAAGAAUGGUAAAUUGGGAGAAUUCCUAUUAAAGUAGCACAGUGGAGGAAACUAUUAUUAACAACUCAAUGGCUUCCAGCAGCAGAGUUCUUUUACAUGUUUACAAGUCUAUAACUUUGUCUGCUUCUGGAUAAAAUCUCUUGGAUUUCGGUUCAAAGCCAUAGGGUAGGUUCAAGUCUGUUCUGCACAUCUUCCUCUUGGAAGGAACAACUCUUGGGAUUAUUCUUUGCGUGAUAUAUCCCAAAGAAAAGAAGGCUUAAGCUGCAGUAGCUCACUUAAAGCCCUGCUGCCUUUACAGGGCUCAUUCAGGUCAUAUGACCAAGCCUAAUCCCAUGGAAUGGAUAGUUAACCUCAUCUACCAUGGAAGACUGCAAAUUACAGGGCACAAAAAUAAUUAAGUAGCCAGAAGUGCGCAAUUAAGAAAAAUAAUUCAUUCAACCACACUCAGGUGCAAAAGAUAAAAUUACAAAAUAGACUACAAAUUAAAUCUCUCCUGUACUCUGUUUAUACAUUCUUUCUUUCAAUGACAACAGCUCUUAGCGAUGUGUUUUGUGCAUCUUUCCAUGGCUUUAUCACAAACACCUUUAAAAAUUAGGUUAUCCACUUAAUUUUAUCACCCAGUUAUAGCAUUCUGUAAAAGCUUUUUUUACCUUCAUCUUUGAUCACUAAAUUCAUCCCUACAAGCUCAUCAUCCAAGCAUCAUUGUAACUACCUCAAAUUCAUUAUUAACAAAGAUUUAAAUGGGUUAGAAUCUUUUGUAAUUUUGCCUAGUGGAUAAUAUAAGAAUAUUGUAUAUGUGUUCAUGUAGAUGUCAUUUGUAUCUAUAAUAUAAAUAAACUAUGCAAAUAUUAUUUGUAUCUACAGUAUAAGUACAAUAAUACAGAAAUGUUGGUUUAAAGAAUAUGUGAACUUUAUAAUUCAGCUUUAUAUUGUAAUCAUAGGGAGACUUUAUUGUUCAAUAUGAAGUACCCCUUUAAUAGAAUUUUGUAUAUUUUUGAAUAUUUUGUAAAAACUGCCAAAUGAGAACAUAGUGAGGAAUUGAGCUGGAGAUAGAAACAGAGGCCCAUUAAGUUAAGUUUAAUGAUGUGUGUAUGUAAAGGGUUUCCUCCCUUUGCUGAUCGUCCAGGAACUCACAGUGUAAAUCAGUUUGGCCUCAAAUUCAGAAAUCCCCUGCCUCUGUCCUCCGAAUGCUGGAAUUAAAGGCCUAUACCACCAGUGCCUGGGUUUCUCUUUGUCUUAAAAGCAAGGUGGCAAGGUGCUGAGGGUGUUUUCAAAAGGGACCUGUUCAUUAGACUGUGACAGCGAUCACUCUGGUUGCUGCAUGGAAAGUGAAGUAAAAAGGGCCAACUGCUGUUGAGCAGAUCAUGAACAAACAUGUGCAACUGAGACAGGCCCGCCCCCUCUUGCUGUACUCUCUGAAAGAAGCCAUGCCUGGAGAAGCCAGAACCAGUUCUGUGACCUGCUGGCAAGUCCCCAAGCUGCUGGCUGCUGCGGGCACUCUUCUCUCAAAACCAGCGUUCCAGUCACAUUUUUAUGAGGACUGAAGGGUGACAGUGAUCACCGUGAAAAUCGCAUUGUGAAAUGAAACAAUGCCUUUUGUACAACGGACAUGAUAAGUAUUACGUCAUUUUAGUAAAUAAAUUUUAAGAUAUGAUUCGGUAAAAUAGACACAACAAAAACGGAAGCAUUAUUAACAUAAAAUUUGGUGUUUCAUGACAAUAACAUGACGUCUAUUGUAGUUUACAUUUUUAUAGAUAUGGUACAGUUGUUCCAGCAGAAGGUGAUUAAAAUAUUAAAUUUAAGAACACCUGAAAUAAAAUGUAACCCAUGCA